AUGCCUCGAGCAAUCAACGUGCGCGUCACGACGAUGGACGCCGAGCUGGAGUUCGCCAUCCAGCCCUCGACCACUGGCAAGCAGCUCUUUGACCAGGUGGUGAAGACCAUCGGCCUCCGUGAGAUCUGGUUCUUUGGCCUGCAGUACAUCGACUCGAAAGGCUUCCCCACCUGGCUGAAGCUGAACAAGAAGGUGAUGAACCAGGACGUGAAGAAGGACAACCCGCUCCAGUUCAAGUUCCGUGCCAAGUUCUUCCCGGAGGACGUCUCCGAGGAGAUCAUUCAGGACAUUACCCUGCGUCUGUUCUACCUGCAGGUGAAGAACGGCAUUCUCUCCGACGAGAUCUACUGUCCGCCGGAGACCUGCGUCCUGCUGGCGUCGUACGCCGUCCAGGCCAAGUACGGCGACUACAAUGCGGAGCUGCACAAGGAGAACUGUUUGCAGAAUGACCGUCUCCUGCCGCAGCGUGUCUCCGACCAGCACAAGCUGACACGCGAGCAGUGGGAGGAACGCAUUACCAACUGGUGGAACGAGCACAAGGGCAUGGCCCGCGAGGAAGCGAUGAUGGAGUACCUGAAGAUCGCCCAGGACCUGGAGAUGUACGGCGUCAACUACUUCGAGAUCAAGAACAAGAAGGGCACCGAGCUGUGGCUCGGUGUGGACGCCCUCGGCCUGAACAUCUACGAGAAGGACGACAAGCUGUCGCCAAAGAUUGGCUUCCCCUGGAGCGAGAUUCGCAACAUCUCCUUCAACGACAAGCGCUUCGUCAUCAAGCCGAUCGACAAGAAGGCACGCGACUUUGUCUUCAUUGCGCCCCGCCUGCGCAUCAACAAGCGCAUCCUGGCGCUGUGCAUGGGCAACCACGAGCUGUACAUGCGUCGCCGCAAGCCGGACACCAUCGAGGUGCAGCAGAUGAAGGCUCAAGCCAAGGAGGAGAAGGUGGCGAAGCAGCAGGAGCGCGAGAAGCUCCGCAAAGAGAUCCAGGCCCGCGAGCAGGCGGAGAAGAAGCAGCAGGAGUACGCGGAGCGCAUCAAGGUGAUGCAGGAGGAGAUUGAACGCCGCCAGCGAGACCUCCUCGAGGCGCAGGACACCAUCCGCCGACUGGAGGAGCAGCUCCGUCAGCUGCAGCUCAGCAAGGAGGACAUGGAGAAGAAGCAGCGCGAGCUGGAGGAGCUGUACACCAAGCUGGCCGAGUCGAAGAUGCUCGAGGAGGAGGAGCGCCUGAAGCUGGAGGAGGAGGUGCGCAUCAAGCAGGAGGAGUUCGAACGGGUCCAGCAGGAGGUCCAGCAGAAGGACGAGGAGACACGCCGCCUGCAGGAGGAGGUGGAGGAGGCCCGCCGAAGACAGGAGACGGCCGCCGCCGCUCUGAUUGCCGCCGCCACGCCGCAGCACAUUCACGUGAAGGAGAAUGACCACGAGGAAAAUGACGACGAGUUGAUGAACGGUGACGGUACGAGCCAGAUGUCUGAUGACUCUGACAGCGCCAUCGACGUGCCGCGACCCGAGGAGGAACGCGAGACGCAGGUGUCCAAGAAGAAAGACCUGCAGGAGCAGCUCAAGCAACUGAGCAAAGACCUGGCGCUGAACAAGGACGACAGCAAGGUGACAAAGAACGACGUCUUGCACCAGGAGAACGUGAAGAUGGGCCGUGACAAGUACAAGACGCUGCGAGAGAUCCGCAAGGGCAACACCAUGCGUCGCGUUGAUUACUUUGAGAACAUGUAA